UUAAUGAACUUCUUCACGGACCUGUUAUUCUCCGUUUAUUCCACGUUGUUACAGUUUUCGAAUCACUCAACUCCAGUUUUGGGCUUUUUCCAAGUUUUCACAACGCCCCCUCUCCGGCUGUUAUGAAACUAAAAAGAUACGGCGACUCCAAGUUGAUUCCAGCGCGGCUCCAGUUUGAGGCAGCGGGUACUUAUCGUCCCUGUCACCGGAGAGGAUGGCUCUACAGGCGGGGAAUGUGAGCGUGCUGCCCGGGGAGGUGUCUGCGGGCUGCGCGGAGCAAGGGAACCUCACCAUGGAAGUUACUGACUAUAAUAACAGCUGCAAGAAUGUCUCAGUCCUCCCCAGAGCGAGCAGAGGAGUCAAAGAAAUGGACUCUUUCCGCAUCCUGCUCUACUCGCUCAUCUUCCUGGUCAGCGUCUUCGGGAACCUGCUGAUCAUCGUGGUCCUGGUGCUGAACAAGCGCAUGCGGACCGUCACCAACUCCUUCCUGCUGUCGCUGGCGCUCAGCGACCUCAUGAUGGCCGUCUUCUGCAUGCCCUUCACCCUCAUCCCCAACAUCCUGGAGGACUUCAUCUUCGGAGCGGCCAUGUGCAAGACCGUCACCUACUUUAUGGGGAUCUCAGUUAGCAUCUCCACCUUUAGCCUUGUGGCCAUUGCCAUCGAGAGAUACAGCGCCAUCUGUAACCCGCUGAAGUCUCGCUCGUGGCAGACCCGGUCCCACGCCUACCGCGUCAUCGCUGCCACGUGGGUGGUUUCGCUAAUAGUCAUGGUGCCCUACCCAGUGUUCAGUGCCAUCAAGACUUUCCCGAAAAGCAAUGGUACUGUUGGCCACAUGUGUCGCCUCGUUUGGCCAAGCGGGGCCUCUGAGCAGACGUGGUAUGUGCUGCUGCUGUUCACUCUGUUCUUCAUCCCGGGAGUUGUGAUGAUUGUAGCCUACGGUCUGAUCUCCAGAGAGCUCUUCCGAGGCAUUCACUUUGAGGUGGGCCAGAACAGAGAGAGCACCCCUGCCGCCCAGAAGAACGGUGUAGGAAAGACGGUUGCAGUAUCCAACGAUGACGACGAUGGUUGCUACAUCCAGGUGUCUAAAAAACCCACCUCCGCUGUGGAGCUCCCCACCCUCUCCGCCGCCCAGGCCAAAUCUGAGCGCGCCCGGAAAAACACCUCGGAGGCCAAGCUGCAGGCCAAGAAGCGAGUCAUCCGCAUGCUGAUGGUGAUCGUGGCGCUCUUCUUCAUCUGCUGGAUGCCGCUGUACUCGGCCAACACCUGGAAGGCGUUCGACCUGAAGUCAGCCUCCAAAGCCCUCUCAGGGGCCCCCAUCUCCUUCAUCCAACUGCUGUCCUACUCCUCCGCCUGCGUCAACCCUGUCAUUUACUGCUUCAUGAACAUGCGAUUCCGCAAGGCCUUGUUGUCCACCUUCGCCUGCUGCUGCCGCAACCGGCUCUGUCGCUGGUGGUGCAAGAAGAAGGAGGGAGGAGAAGACGGCAUCAACGCCACCUCCAUGGGCACGUCCAUGGCUACCUCCAUGUCCAAAUGUAGCUACACCACCGUCACCUGCUGAGCCUCAAGCAAAGCUGGGUGUUUGCAUCAGUCGGUGUCAGGGGAAAGGGGUUACUGUGUGCACCAUCUGUUUUCUCCAAUCUUCAUCUUAAUAUGAUAUGAGUCAUUCUCUGAGUAAUGUCCCUGCCCUGGUUUAUGAAGCUGUUUCGCAAAGGUCUCCUUCAAGUUCUGCAUGCAUGGUUGCAGAAUGUGAAGCGAAUCGGUUUAGUGACAUUAUUUUUUAAUCAGCAGCAUCCGCUUUGUUGCAUCCCGAAGAGAACAUCAAGUGCCUGUGCUCUUUGUGUGGCUUGGUUUGUCAUGGUAGUUUGUUCACUGGCUGACGGACAGUUUAGCGACGUUGAAAAAUCCUGUGUACUUGUAAAUACUGUCUUUAUGUUCUUACUGUGCCAAAGGUAUAUUAUUGAUGGAGACAUACUGUUGAACAAGGAGGACUCAUUACCUCAGUAAAGAAUCAGUAUGGAUUUAAUUUCCUUUUGUGUUUAAUGUGGUUCGAUCUUUAGUCAUUCAGGGCAUCUCUCGCAGUUAUCAGAAUUAUUCUACUAAAGGCCACUCUGAAAAUCAUUGGGUUCUUAGUAAUCAGUCUAUUAUACCAAAACAUUUCAAAAGGGAACAGUGGACACACUUCCUGCUUAGCUGACUUAGUGUUUCGCUUUUAUUGAGUUAUGUUUCAUCACUUCUUGUGUGUACAGCAUAUUUUCUGCUUACGCCAACAUUUGCAGCACCGCUUCUCGGUUCAGUUUGAAAAGGAAGGUUCAUCUUGACGAUAAACAUCUAAGGACUGUAGCCUUUUUCUUGGCACAGCACAAAUGAGAAUGUUUUGAAUCUGGCCAUUUUCUUGCGUUGCACCACCCUGCAGCAUGGAACGUCAAACUAAAGUCUCCUGUUGCGACUGCUACACAUGUCUGUUGAAUACUGAUGAAGACAUUACCAUCAGAAUUUGAGUUGUUGCGCACAUAGUCAAUCUAUGAAAGGUUGAUUGCACUUGCCAGUUGCUCCAGUCUGCCCCUGCUUACACAUGGCACGGAGAAGUGCUUAAGUCAGACUCACCUUUUCUGCUCAAUUAUCUCUGCGGUGUCUUCUAUGUACCAGUGCUGCGUUCCGCUGCAGUGCUGCCAAUUACUCUGAACAUUACCUAAGUACAAAGAGCCCGUUUCCAGGCGUAGACUAACGAGGUGUUUCUCAGGGACCCUCUCCUCUCCUGCAAAACUCAUGGCUAUGUCUUCAGAAAACUGAUGAAAACUAGCCCCUCUGACGCUGCACAUCUGAGCCUUUCAAAUCGUUAACAACAACAACAACAACCUAAAUAGCAUCUUUCAUUCGAGACAAGGAACUCAACCUGAGCUACUGUACAGUUGAAAAGAGUUGUUUGUCAAUAAUAGAAAUACAGCGAUUACAAUAAAAGCAGUAAAGGAAAAUGAUAGUUCAAGACAGUCUUUUUACGAGACAAACCAUUUGGGAUAUCAGCCCAUUCGCUUACUUGCUGAGAGUGUGCUAAAUAUGAAGUAACAGCAAGCAGCUGGUUAGCUUAGCUUAGCAUAAAGAUCUUGUUUGCUGAAUCAAGCAUUCAAAUAACAUGGAAAGUAGGAUUAGCUAAUUAAGCUUACCGCUGUCUGCAAUAUUAAGAUAGACUUGUUUUGUAUCAUGAUUUCUAGGUCCAUAAGCAAGCAGUUGAUAUUAUUUUAAAAACAGGACAUGAUGUUCUCGAUGAAACUACAAAUGACUCAUUACCUAAUUUGAAGUCAGUCAAUUCUGCCAAAAUAUGGCCAUGAUACUGUUGCAGUGAACACUUUCACAUUGUAUAAAUAUAUAAAGAAGACUCUGAAUGUUACCGCUACAACUCAACAAUAUCUGGAUUUGUGUUAAACAGUAUGAUGUAAUACUUUCUGACCUACAUGUGAAGGCUGUUAUUUCAUCACUUUUAAGUCUGCUCCUCUUCUUCAUGUCCUCCAUCACCGAGCAUUCACGUCCCUGCAGCCCCCCACCCACACACCCACCUCCCUCCUGUUUAUCCCCGUCAGUGCAGAGGCGUAUGAAUACAUCAAUGGAAAUGGCGUGUGGGUGACAGCUUAGAUUAGCAGGCGCCCAGCGCUGUCCGAGAGCAGUUUACAGGCGGUGGCAGAGGGGGCAGGAGGGCAAUUGGCACUCAAAAAUCCUACAUGAAGGCUGACUGUAAACACCUCAUCUGGCGGCCUGCACUCCAUGUGCGCUUUUGUAAUUAAGGCAGGAGGCAAUUUCCAUAUCUUUGUGAGCCAGCCUCGUGAAUUUAGUCAGGAUUUUCUUUCACUAGUGCACUUUUAUCUUUCAUCAAAUAUUUAUUUUUUUACAGGUUUUUUUUGUGUUACAAAUUGGAGCAACACAUGGUUAAGGAUCUUACAGCUGAGUAAAAAUAAUAACUAUAAGCUUCUUAUCCAGAGCUAUUUUGUAAUUUCUUUGCCUGUAGAUUCAUACCUUCACUAAGUACAUCUCGGUGCAUUAUGGAUGAGCAGUGCAUACAUUUUCAGGUAACCUUGCUCAUCUAAAGUGUUGGUAAAAGCUCCCGGAGAG